CUUGUGCAAAGUUUCACUUAUUCCACAGACAGAGAAAGAAGUACAAUUAGUUAGUUGAUUUAAGUGGGAAAAAAAAGAUGUGCAGCUUAUUGAGGAGCAGUGAUCCAAUUGUUGGGAUGAUGAAUAUGUGUCCUGUUUUGAGUACUCCAAUUGACUGGAAAGAAACACCUCAAGCUCAUUGCUUCUUCGUCGACCUUCCAGGGCUUAGCAAAGAGGAUGUGAAAGUCGAAGUGGACAAUGGAAGAGUACUGAAAAUUAGUGGAAAGUGGAAAGCAGAAGAAGAAGAAUUAGUUGAUGAAAAUGAGAAGACGAAGAAAUUAGAUGUGAAGUGGCAUAGAGUGGAACGUAACAGAGGGGAUUUCUGCAGAAAGUUUAGGCUUCCACAAAAUAUAAAGGCACAUCAACUCAAGGCAUCCAUGGAAAAUGGUGUCCUUAUUGUUACUGUCCCUAAACAAGAAGUCAAAAAACCUUUCUCCAAAUUAAUUGAAAUUGAAGAUAAAUAAACAUAGAUAGACUUUUAAGUAAUUAUUAAGGAUUGCAAUUUUUUUGCAUAAAUAAAUUGUCUGUAUGUCUACUUUGUAAGGUUGUAUGUUGUGAGUGCCGUUCCAUGUUUUUAUAGUAUGUUUUCUGUAAUUUUCCUUGUGGUGAACUGUGAUUAAUAAAUGAAUAUUAUCAUCUGAAUUUGUUGUA